AUUCCUCUGCCUUUUUUUAACGGACAGGUAUCAAAACAGUGGAAUUCCAAAAAAGAGGUUUGCCUCACGUUCAUAUUCUGCUGUGGUUGGAUGAGAAGCAUAAACUGAAUUCGGCUGUUGACAUCGAUGCGACAAUUACUGCUGAAUUACCAGAUCCGGAACAAGAUCCGGUUGGCUAUGAAAUGGCGACAAAAUUCAUGCUUCACGGUCCGUGUGGUUCUGAUAAUCCAUCCAAUGUUUGCAUGAAAGAUGGCUCCUGUUCAAAAAUUUUUCCCAAAUCGUUUAAUUCAGAGACGACAACGGAUCAGUAUGGCUACACGGUUUAUCGAAGACGAGACACAGGCAUAUCGGCUCCAAAAGGAUCGGCUGUACUUGAUAAUAGGUACAUUGUUCCGUAUAACAGGAAUUUGCUUGUUCUUUUCCAAGCGCAUAUAAAUGUCGAACUUUGCCACCAAGGACGUUUGAUUAAGUAUCUCUUCAAAUAUAUCACCAAAGGACCAGAUCGUUCUAUGGUGGUUGCAGAGAGUCAUGAUCAGCCUUCUUCUUCCUCAACUGUAACCGGACCUCCUCCGCCAAUUGACGAGAUUAAAUAGUACUUGGACUGCAGAAGUUUGUCAUCAUAUGAAGCAGCCUGGCGUAUCUUUGAGUUUCCUAUUCAUGAGAGAACACCGCCUGUGCAGCGUUUGUGUGUGCAUCUUGAAGGGAAGCAUCGCGUUCCUUAUAGAAAGAAACAGAAGCUAUCACGGAUUCUUGCACGCGAUGCUAUUUCAGAGACUACUCUUACACAGUGGUUUUCUCUUAACCAGCGGGACCCUUCUGCGCGUUCCUUACUCUAUGCGGAGACCCCAAACAAAUAUAUAUGGGAUUUGAAGAAAAAAAACUGGGCUCAAAGGAAGAAGGGUUUUUCAAUUGGCCGUAUUGUUUAUAUUCAUCCAGGUUGUGGAGAUACUUUCUACCUCAGACAACUUCUGACAAAGAUUCGCGGAGCCCUCAGUUUUGCUGAUCUACGUACUAUUAAUGGAUUCCCGUGUCGUACAUAUCAGGAUGCUUGUCAGCGUCUUGGUUUAUUGUCAAACGACGAUGAAUGGUUGCUUGUUAUCAAAGAGGUUAGUCAGUGGGGUAUGUGUCCACUUCUCAGAUACCUAUUUGUUACAAUGCUCAUGUUCUGUGAACUAUCUGAUCCUCUGGGUCUUUUUGAUAAAACAUGGGAACUGCUUUCAGAUGAUAUAACAUAUCAGUGUCAGCGAGAUGUCGCCUUCAACAACAAUCUUAUUCCACCAGAGUUGCCUAAAAACAAAUUACUGUGGGAACUGCAACGAAUGCUAGAUGGAUAUUCAGCAACUCUCUCGCAUUUUAACCUCCCACUCCCCACAGCUGACCCUCCAUUAUAUGAGCUGCAACCGCCUCCUACUCAUGGAAUGUACAGUCCUGUUCUGCCAGAUGGUGACUCCACAAUGCCUGUUCUCACUAGCCUGAAUGAACAGCAGGCGCUAGCGUUCCAAAUCAUCAUGAAUUCUAUUUUCUCUACUCAGACUGGAUCUUCAGGUUUCUUUUUCCUUCAUGGUCAUGGAGGCACUGGUAAAACGUUCUUGUAUAGAACAAUUCUUGGCCAUCUCAAGGAGUUUGGCAAAAUUGUUCUUGUUGUUGCUUCUUCGGGAAUUGCUGCAACCUUGCUUCCUGAUGCAACCACAGCUCAUUCCCGGUUCAAAAUCCCCCUAGAAAUUGACCAUGGUUCUUCUUGCAACAUAAAAAAAGGUACACCACUUGCCGAAUUAAUAGUUAGUGCAUCUCUCAUUAUAUGGGACGAAGCCCCUAUGGUUCAUCGGUUGUCUUUUGAGGCAGUUGACCGUGCUGUCUGUGACAUCAUGGAUGUUCCUUUAACUGGUGACAAGUAUGUGCCGUUUGGAGGCAAAACAGUUCUACUCGGGGGAGACUUUCGCCAGACUUUACCAAUUGUGGCUGAUGCUGGGAGAGAAGAAAGUGUUGAUGCAUCCCUUACACGUUCUUACUUGUGGUCUUUGUGCACUGUCCUUCACUUAACGCAGAACAUGCGUGUUACUUCUGGUGCUGCAAAUCAAAGGCAGAUUUUUGGUGGAAAAACCUUUGCAGAAUGGACUCUUUCUGUUGGUGAUGGAACUGUUGCGGCCAAAUCUUUUGCCGAUAACCAACCAACUGAUUGGAUAGAAAUUCCAGAAUCCUUUAUGAUCCAAUCUACAGAUACACCCAUUGAUAAGAUGACUUCUGAAAUAUAUUCUGAUUUCUCUCAGAGAUUUCACAGUGUUUCAUAUUUGACUGAGAGAUCUAUCGUGACUCCGACAAACAGCAAUGUUACAGAAAUUAAUGAUCAUAUGCUUUCUUUGGUACCAGGCCCUAUGCGGACUUAUUUCAGCAGUGACACGUUGCAUACUGAUGCAACCGAUGCAGGACGAAUUGAAGCCGAAUAUCCUACAGAAUUCCUCAACACCUUGUCUUUCAACGGCUAUCCAGAGCAUCAGAUUGCCCUUAAAGUCUUUACACCGGUGAUGUUGUUAAGAAAUCUCAACCCAGCUAUAGGUUUGUGUAAUGGUACGCGCUUGAUGAUUGUCUACUUAGGUCAUUAUGUUAUCAAGGGUCUCAUAAUGGGAGGUACAUUCAAUGGUAAGACUGUGGCUAUUCCCAGAGUUGUCCUUAACAUCAACGACAGCCGUUGGCCAUUUGUUCUUAAACGACGUCAGUUUCCGGUUCGUCUGUGCUACGCCAUGACCAUCAAUAAGAGUCAAGGACAAACAUUACAGAGUGUUGGUGUUUAUUUACCAAAACCUGUCUUUAAUCAUGGUCAGCUUUACGUUGCUGUAUCUAGAGUCCGGACAGCUGCAGGUCUGCGGUUCCUCAUUCUUAAUGAACCAAACAUUCCCUCAAAUUACACUCGAAACAUAGUGUAUCACGAGGCGCUUAAUGGUCUUGAAAGCACAGCAGAAACUACCGCAUGGCCGCUGUAAUGGUAUAUUUUGACCCUGUGGAUAAUUUUAGCUAUUCUAUUUUGCACCUUAAUUUACGCUCUGUCAUGUUCUUUGCAGCGAAGUUGCCAUUUACCUUAUCACCACUUCUGUACAAGAGGUAAAGAACCCCCUCUCCAUAUUCUUGUCUUAAAUAAUUUGUAUCCCUAAGCCCUGGCACACUAAUUACCGGACUUCUCGCUUUUGCAGCACUGGAUUAUCAAAACUUGAGGGCUGUUUUUGUGUGUUCGCGCCCUGCUGUUCGUACAUUUGCUUGUCAUGUUCUUUGUAGUCAACUUACUAUUUACUUUCCAUUACUUUGCCUUCAUUUAUGGUAUCCUAGAUAGUAGAACAGGUCAGGAACCUUCCUUCUGUAUUGUCGUCUUAAAUAUUUUGUACCACUAAGUGCCGCUACACUUCCACUUGCCAAACUUCUUAGUUUUGCAGCACUGGCUUAAGAGGACUUGGAACCCUUUUUCCUGUUCGUGCCCUGUUGUUUAUACAUUCGCCACUCUUCCUAUUGUCGUUAUUUGCCCAUCUGCAGUUUGUUAUGUGAAUAUCCUGAACGAUGCGAGAAUUACAGUUCACAGUAUCUCCCGAGCUAAAUGUUUGUUUUGGCCAUAUUUGGUUGCUUAUCUAUGACUUCCUUUUUGAUAUCUGAUAAUCGAAGCUCUAUCAGAAGGAAAUUGGAACAGUUUACUGGGUAGGUUGAGAAGGGCAAAAGUCAAGAGAGAUUGAAAGAUUGGAAGGGAACGUAUCCAUGUCGGUCAUGAGUCCUUCAAUACAAACGUGGUUUGGUGCUGUUGGUACGUUACUUUGCAAAAGACAAGAAACGUCACUCAAACAAGAAACCAUCAAACUCAAUACUCACGCAGCAAUCACAAUGGAGGUAAUAUCAAGCAACUGUAAUUUCUGUUCGUUCACCAUAUUGCUUCAUCCAUCUCUACCUCCUGAUUAUUCUCUGUUUGAACUUAAAUUACUUCAUUUGUUGAUAGGUUCCCACUGCUUUGUAUGCAUAUUAUCCCAGGUUAGAAAGGUUAGUGGAAAAAGAUGUGGGUCCUUCAAAAAAGAUGGCAACAUCAAGCAGGUUCCCAAUGAUCGUGUCUUCUUCUGGACAAAUUGUAGGACAGGCGACCCUACAUCUGCAGCACUAAGAAGAGGAAGGUAGAGUGUGAGAAAAAGAUGAAGGUCUACAAUAAAGAACGGUCAGACACAAGGUAUCUACUAAAUCUGUAUCCAUCUGCAAAUUCGACGAACCAAUCUAUCAAUAUAGCACACAUACUACCAUUAAUUUCUUUCUUAGUUUUUCCCAUGAAUCUAUUUUGGUCUUUUCUUGGUCUGCAGGCAUACUAUUAAUAUAGCACGCAUACUGACAACCCUAUUGGUGUAGAACUUUCGGUUCUUUGCGAGUCCAGAAAUUGUGCCUCCAACCAGCCUUUGUAAAUCAGUGGAGGAAGUGCCUACGAGUUUAUCUUCAACGAAAAGGCCAUCCACUAAGGUCCCCAAAACAGUAGAGCCUGCGUACAUCAAUCCAAGCCUCACUGCAUCAUUGCAAAGUGGGAGAGCCAGAGAAAUGAUGGAAAACUGAUACGGUUCAGCAAAGACAAAAAAAAAAGCGUUUGGAGAAUUGCUUGUUCUAUAUUCUCGCUUUCGAAAAAUCCCCAGAAGGAUGAUGCUAAUUAGAGUGACAAUUAGGUGGAUUAAUCCACCAUGUAUUGAUGGAGAUAAUAGAAUGCACCAUGUUUGAUGGUUCGUCAAUCGAGUCUUCCGUAGACCACCCAUUUUGUCUAGACUGCAAUACGGAAGAUCAAAAAUUGAAUUCCAGCAGUGUACCGACAGUAAGAGCAAAAAACAGUAGUGAACAGUAUUGUUUCUCCACCAUUGGUUUACAAUGGCACAUUACCAAACACCUGGACAAUCUUAGUUUGGUAAGAGCCAUAGGAGAAGAAAGGGCCCAUAGACAUUCUUAUUUCUAUCUUCUACAUUCUAUACAAUUUUUAACAGGCCUUUAUUCAAACGGCCCAACCAUACCCAACGGCCCAAACAUUUUAAUACUUAUCACCAACCACACCUACCGCCAUUCUGCCUUCCUUAUCUUACUUUUCUCGAAUUUUCGCUGCUUUGUCGAUCUACAUCUGCCCCUUCCAGCAACGCUGAAUUCGCCGAUCCCCUGUGACCAGUGAUGACAACCGACUACACACUCGCAUGGGCUCAAACAGGUUUCGCUCUGAACUUUUUCGACCUAUCCUUUACUUUAUUGUCAUGGUGGAUGGCUUUACAUUUAUGCCUUCUACCAUUUCCUUUCUAAAAUGUAGAUCUGUCAACUGCGCCUCUGGUACUUCGCUCCCUCCAUCUUGGUCAUAACGUUGGCCCUAUCAUUCUCUGUCUACUGAAUCGGUGGACCGAGAAAGACCAGACUGAUCCGUCGGACCCUCCCACAUUUCACACACUCUGGAUUGAUAAAAAUGUACGACUAUCUUCAGAUCUAUUUGCUUAGGUUUGCAUAUUGUUGAUAUUUCGUGACUUUUUGUUUUUUUAGGAAGAUUUAAUCGAGGGGUUUGACUGUCUUACUCCCGCACAUUCAGAGACCUCUUAUCUACUAAUUGAUCGCAUAUAUCUGCUUCCUUGGGUAUCAACGAUUGAAAGAAGGCCCUUGAAUAGAACAUGUGAUCAUCCAUAUCGUUUAUGCAUCACACCAGCAACCAUGUUACAAGAACUCAAUGAAUUUCCACCCCGUCCAUGGUUUCCACAAAAAGGAUUUAAUCCGACAUCAUUCUCUGAGCUUGCCCAGUUCGUGAACUUAGAGGCCGAAUAUAAAGGUAUCUGUUUCGA